GAUGCAGUGACUUAUGAUGAUGUGCAUGUGAACUUCACUGNGGAAGAGUGGAAUUUGCUGGAUCCUUCCCAGAAGAGUCUCUACAAAGAUGUGAUGNUGGAGACCUAUUGGAACCUCACUGCUAUAGGGUACAAUUGGGAAGACCAUCAUAUAGAAGAACAAUAUCAACGGUCUAGAAGACAUGAGAGAUGUAAUCAGUGUGGUAAAGCCUUUACAAGACCCAGUCAUCUCCAGUAUCAUAAAAGAACACACACUGGAGAGAAACCCUAUGAAUGUAAUCAAUGUGGCAAAGCCUUUGCAAAACCGAGUAAUCUCCAAACUCAUAAAAGAAUACACACUGGAGAGAAACCCUAUGAAUGUAACCAAUGCGGUAUAGCCUUUUCAAGUCAUAGUGGUCUCCAUAGACAUAAAAGAAUACAUAUUGGAGACAAUCUCUAUGAAUGUAAUCAAUGUGGUAAAGCCUUUUCAAGUCACAGUGGUCUCCAUAGACAUAAAAUAAUACAUACUGGAGAAAAACCCUAUGUAUGUAAUCAAUGUGGUAAAGCCUUUUCAUGUCCCAGUAAUCUCCACCGUCAUAGAAGAAUGCAUACUGGAGAGAAACCUUAUGAAUGCAAUCUGUGUGGUAAAUCCUUUGGAAGACCCAGUCAUCUUCAGUAUCAUGAAAGUAUACAUACUGGAGAGAAACCCCAUGAAUGUGAUCUAUGUGGUAAAGCCUUUGCAAUACCCAGUCAUCUCCAACGUCAUAAAAGAACACAUACUGGAGAAAAACAUUAUGAAUAUAAUCAAUGUGGUAAAGCCUUGUCACGUCAUAGUACUCUCCAUAGACAUAAAAGAAUACACACUGGAGAGAAACCCUGCGAAUGUAAUCAAUGUGGUAAAGCCUACUCAGAUGCAAGAACUCUUCAAUAUCAUACAAGAGCACAUACUGGAGAGAAACUGUGAACCUGAUUUAUUCAGCUCAUUCUUCCUCAUUCUCAAUUGAAAUAACAGAAGAUCAUCAGUAACCAAGAAACAUUUGUUCCCUUAUUUUAAAAAGCAAAAGAAAUUUCACAGUGUUACCUAUAGCAGUGAUAUUCUCUUCGGUCUCCAGCAUCACCUCUGCACAGAGACUUUUCUGGGAAGGGUCCAGCAAAUCGCCCUCUCCCCCUGUGAAGAUGAAAUGCACAUCAGCAGAACUCAUUGCAUCCUAAAGUAUCCCAUACACCUGUACAACACAAAUCAUGAUACUGACAACACUGUAAAUAAAUGUAUGCUGCCUUGACAAUAUAUUCAUAUGAUUCUGAUGCUUCUUCCACUUAUUUCCUGACACAGCAGUUAUAAUCUUAUCAGCCAAUUAUUUUAGAAGGAAACUGAAUUAUGAGGUUCACCUGUGUCAUUUCUGAGUCCUUUGAAUAGGAUAUAGC